AAUUACCAUGGCAACCAGACUACCGCGGAACACGUCACGUCACGCGGCAAGAAAAGUUGGGCAAUAACAGACAAUUGGGGUUCAAAUGUAUCGUUAUUAUUAAGGUCUUUAUUUGUAGCUGUCUUUACAGACUCAAAAACUCGCCUUUGGUGCCUGCCGAGCGGCCAUUUCGUAUUGUCCUGGCAACGACACGCACAGCGCUAUUGAAUUACCCAAAAAAAUGAGUGCUCAGUUUGUUUGUUUUUUUCUCCGGGACAAUUACAUGACGUUUUUACCACCUUUAUCCAGACUUUCAGAAGACAUUGAGUCAUUUUGGUAUUGGGGAAGUUUUGCUGGGUCUGCUUUUGGACACGAAAACUGAAGGCGAAGGUGACUGUGCAACAGAGGGAAAAAAUCAGUGAUCAUGACUACUCAGGUGCGACCCGGCAUAAAAGUUCCAAUUCUGUGUGAAGACGGAGACAAGUUCCUAGAGACUGGGGAUCUGGUGCGGGCCACCUCCCUCUACAUGUCUGCCUUCAGUAGUCACGCUGCUACCACCAUGUCCCACAUGCGCAAAAUGGAGACAUCCAAACUCCAGGGGGUCGUAUCAACCCUUGAGGGUUGGCUUGAUAAUCGCCAGGAGAAACCGCCUAGAGAGGGUCUCAGUAAAGGUCUGGUAGCUGUCUUUCUGUCCACACUCUGCCCUAAUAAUCUGUCGGCCACCAUUUAUAAAAUGGAGUCUCUCCUUCAGAGUAGCGGGCAAGGCUGUGAGGAGAUUUUUUCUCGCUGCACCGCCCUUCUAGAGGGAAAACAAAAGCCUAAUCCAGAUAGUGUUUGUUGUGUGGCGUUGGAAAUAACUCGUGCUUUGGCCUGCUUGUUGUCAGAGCGUGAUCGUGGUAAGGGUCUGAAGCUCUACCUCAGCUCUUACAAAAGCAACAAGUGUGAAACUGUCAAACUGGUGAAGAGUAGGCAAGCUUCACAUAUAACCACAAUAGUCAAGGCUUUCACAAAGCAAAUGCAUCUCUGGUAUCCCUCCUUGAUGCUGGACAGCAAUAGUGAAGUGAGUUCAAAGGAGAGUGAACAUGUGAAAAUCGAAGCCGCUGCUCCACUGAUUGACUUCUUACUGGAGCUCUCCCCGGGUGACGGCAAAGUGCAGGAACUCCAGGCAGCACAUUUGUUUUUCUCGGGCCAGUAUGGCAACAGUGCAGAUGUGUACUCUGCUAUCUUGCAAAAUGACACUGAGAAGACGGUGCCAGACACAGCCGAGACACGAGCCAGGCUCUUAACCAGCCGAGCAGCUGCUUUCUUCUCAGGCGGCGUCCGCUUUGAGGAGGCCUAUGUGGAUCUGGGCGAGGCCUUCGACGUUCACCCAGCGUGUGCUCAGAUUUACUUCCAAAAGCUCUUCACUGAUCUUGGUACGGGAGGUGCUGCGCGUGGCCAUCUUCGUCAACAUGCUGAGAAAGGUCUAUGUGGUUUUCGGGAGAUGGUUGUCACCCGAGCAGACCUGAGGGCCACAGAGGGAGUGGAACUUCUUGAUCCGGUGAUCGCUCAGUUACGGGCCCUUUGCCAUUUGGAGCCUGACGGAGGAGGACGAGCGCUGCGGGUGCGACUGGCCGAAUGUCUUCUACUAAGGGGAGAGCACAAAGAAGCUCUCUCUAUAUGUAGCCAGCUGGCUGCUGCCAAAGACCAGCACAGCUAUCAGAACACAGUAGAAGUUCUCUGUGGAUAUACACGACUUCUCACAGACGACCACAAGGGGGCUCUGGAGGACUUUCAGGCCGUGAUCGAACACAGCGCCCCCCACCCACCCAGCUGUGUGCGGGCGCUCUGUGGCAGGGGUCUUCUACGCAUGAUGGCCGGCUUCCACUACCUCACAGCGCUCGACUAUGUAACCGCAACCAGGUUGCACCCUCAGGAGACGGCGCUCACCAUUCGGUGUCUUGUGCCCUGGAACCUCCGGGGGCUGCUUUUCACUGUUUUAAUGGAGCAGGGCCGAGUCAUGCUGGAGGGGGCUGGAGAGCAUCAUCCGGCCUCCUGUAGAAACUCCCAACAGCCCUUGCAAGAGGGUCAGCUGCAGGCCACAUCAAAGCAAGACAACCACAGAGCAGGGACUUCUGCUGGUGUUCACUCCUUGGCUGUGCUGCUCGUGCACCUCCAGCCCGGCACUGAUGGUCCUCAGAUCCUAGCAGCAGACGCCUUGCACCAGCUUGGCCGAGUAGAGGAAGCCUACCGCCUGCUACUGCUUUGCAUGGGACCCAGCAGUACCCGUGCACCCAUCUUGGUCCGACUUGCCCUGCUACAACUGCACAGAGGGUUUCUGUAUGAUACGAAUCAGCUGUUAAAAAAACUUGUUCAGUGUGGCGACACCAAUUGUUUGCGCCCACUGUUGGCAGUGGCUAAGAAAAAGGACCGAGCGAUGCUGCAGGCACACUGCCACUCCGUUGCCAAACGCAUCCUGGGGGGCGCGAGAGACGAGCGCACCAUCAAGGAGGCAGUGGCCUAUCUCUCCAUCGCCAUCAUCAUAUCUGGGGGCGGGGCAGUAGAGUCUUUGCUGGAAAGAGGCAGGUGUUAUGCUUUACUUGGCCAAAGAAAGACAGCCAUCUUUGAUUUCAGUACCAUUAUUAAGGAGCAGCCCAAGCAUGUUCAAGCGCUAUGUGGAAGAGGUUUCACCUACCUCCUACUCAACCAGCAAAAGGUACAACUGAAACGACAUACCGCUUCCCUGAUCCAGUGUAUGAAAUACUGCUGCUCUCCUCGCCCAUAUGCUCCAGGUGAAGUAGAGGCAGCGGGUGUCCACCUGAGCCAGGUGUUUGGCCGAGAGCCAAGAGAUUCAGCAGCCCAGGCCAGGGUAGGCGUGGUGGAGGCAUGGCAGCACAAAUCUCUCAGCGCAGCAUGCAGACUUAGCAAACUCGCUGAGAAAGAGCCGUCAUGUUUGGAUCUCUUGUUGGCUCUGAUCCCGCCUAAUCAAAGGAAAUGCGUGGCACAGGCGGCAGCACAGGAUGCCAGCAGCAUGUCUUCAGAUGGAAGUUGGGAUCAGGCCCUCCCUCUCCUGACGGUGGCAGUACAAACAGCAGACAAACACAGACUUCAGUAUCUCCGCCAGCGGGCUAUCUGCCUCACUCACCUCGGCUUAUACGAGCGUGCUGUAGCCGACCUCGACCUAGUCAUUCAGAAACACGGUGGGUCCGACGCCAGCUCUUCUGAGGACCCCGGAAUCUUGGCGGAAAGUCUUUGUCGGCGCGGUCACAGCCUGGUGUUGUGUUCCAGAGAAGGACCAGCUCUGGAGGAUUUUAGCCGUGCUCUUGAGCUCCACAGAGAGCGGGCCAUGCAAUGUGUUGACGAAGGUCUGGGUAGGCUGCGGUUGGCAGAGUGCUUUUUGCGAGGGGCACUGCAGCACUAUGAAGAGCAGCAGCUCAGCAAAGCUUGGACAUUAAUUGAGUGUGGCCUUGUUGUGGAUGGAGACAAUGCAGAACUGCGCAAAGUACGGGCCAAGGUCAAGCGAGAAGUGGCCAGUCCUUGCAAUGUCAACUAAUGAGUCCAUAAACCAAAUGGUGACUCAAUUCACUCACUUAUAGAAUAACCUUCCACUAUAUAUUACAUUGAUGUUUUUAAGCCUGAUAAAUUUAACAGUCUUUGGUCUGGGAUUCAAUCAUAAGAUUGUAAAUAAUAAGUAAAUAUUGAUAUUUACUUGCAAAUUUACGACAAACAGUUCCAGUCAAACAUUUGCGCACAAAUUCUCAUUCAGUAAAAUGAGAAUGUGUUCUCAAACUUUUGACUAGUGUUUUACUUCAAAGAUAAAUAUCAUCAUCAUGGAGUAUCAGGCCUGUUUGCAGACAUCGAUGAUCAGAGCCACCCAGUUUCCGCUGUCGAUCGCCCUAUGUAUAAGUUCUAUAUUACUGAUAUUUCCGAUAACAUUUAUUAAGCUGUUGACAAAUGUUGUUCGCUGUUGACCUGGAGAUUUAUUUUCCUGUAGUUUUCCUGUUAUUAAGAAAUGUAAAAAUAAUGUAGAGCAUUUACCUUGGAGACUGGACUUCUAUGGUAUCUCCUUCCAGCUGCUUCUCCAUCAAUUACACCAUCAGCAGCUUUUCUACAUUUUCAUGGCUACAUGUCCGCCGUUUAGAUAUUAAUUCAACAUUCUUAGAUGGCACUAUUGAUUUAGUCUGCUUUCACAUUGUGCAGAUUAGCAGCGCUGUGCUGUGAACUGCUUCACCAAGUUCACUAGUACUAUUAAUGCUAGAAAGCAAGACCAGAUGUUUUGGUCGGAUAUUAUAGGGUUUACUGUAAGAUUCCACGGCAACUAAUGGCAGGGAUGCUUGCGACUCAUUUUUGUUGCUUCAACUUGAAGCAUGGCUUCACGGUGGCAGAGGGGUUAGUGCGUCUGCCUCACAAUACGAAGGUCCUGCAGUCCUGGGUUCAAAUCCAGGCUCGGGAUCUUUCUGUGUGGAGUUUGCAUGUCCUCCCCGUGAAUGCGUGGGUUCCCUCCGGGUACUCCGGCUUCUUCCCACUUCCAAAGACAUGCACCUGGGGAUAAGUUGAUUGGCAACACUAAAUUGGCCAUAGUGUGUGAAUGUGAGUGUGAAUGUUGUCUGUCUAUCAGUGUUGGCCCUGCGAUGAGGUGGCGACUUGUCCAGGGUGUACCCCGCCUUCCGCCCGAUUGUAGCUGAGAUAGGCGCCAGCGCCCCCCGCGACCCCGAAAGGGAAUAAGCGGUAGAAAAUGGAUGGAAUGGAUGGAACUUGAAGCAUAACAAUUAGCCCAAAGACAGCUAUUAUUUCAAAACAGUCCACAGUUGGAGCACUCUUCACCUGAGGUAUUACUGUAUAAGCAAAGUCAAACAUAAACACUUUUUAAAAAGUGGUUCAAAAGCAAUUUUGGAUGAAAUCAUUAUAAAAUACACAUGAUGUCAUGUUGUAACUGUACUUUGUUCAAGCAACAUGAAAAGAACUGUGCCUGGGCACAUACAACAUAUACAAUAUUUUAACACAAUUAUACACUUAGUUAUUUUAGAUCUUGAUACUUCAGAUUGUUUCAUACACGUUUUGAUAACAUGAAAUACAUUUGAAAUGAAUACUAACCUAAUCUAUUUGUUUAGUUACAAUUAGUAUUACAAUCAAUACAAUUUAAAACACUUCACAGUAUUGUAUAAUAAUUGGAGAAAACAUGAAAUACAAUGUUUGUGAUAAAUAUUAGCCCUAAGCUAUUUUUUUGGUUAAGAUAAGUAUUUAUUAGUAUUUAUCUAAUUUUCCUACAACAAUUUGAAGUAUCAGAAUCUAAAAUAGCUAUACAGCUGAAUAUUUGUUGCCAGUCUCAAUGUAUUCAAUAUUUUAUUAUCAUAUUUAUAAUCACAAAUGCAUACAUUAUAAACCUUCUUGUCAAUGUGUGACAUUUUUUUCUCAAUUUGAAGGCCAAAUUGGUUAAUUCACAUAUAUUUUUUUAAGUCAAACAAACAUAUCUAGAUAAGAAAGUGCCUAUUGUGCAGGAUUUACACUUUAAAACUAGAGCGGCAAAUACACAUUACCUGGCAUUUAUACAAUCCAAUUCUUUAUAUUGAUAUGAGGUACAUCGAAAUGUAUUUUCUUUAUCACACAGAAAGCAAGAGGUGAUUGUGUUAAUGCAAGCUAGACAUAAUUAAAAAUAUAUGUUGUAGAUGAGAUUCUGUGUUCUCUAUGCAGACACAGUUAUGUAUUGGGGCUCCAUGUUGCCAAAGUAGGACUUCUCCCAUUCACUCAUGAGGUCAAAGUGCAGUGGGCGGUCACAGAAGGUGCAGGAAGCAGCAGCAGAGUUGUUAAGCUUGAGUCCCACCUCCUGCCACACGUCCACCAGUUUCUCUGUGAAUUUGAAGUUUAAUGUUAUAUUUCUAGCUGAAUAAGCUUGCACAGGCAUUGCUCUGUGUCAUUGUGUUGAUAGUAGGGUGCCAAGAGUGUGUACGGUGUCUUAAUAAAAGUAGAUAAAUCAUUCACUGGCCUCACUUAUCUUGAUUAGUCAUUUACCUGAAACAGCCACUCACCCACAAAGUACUCCAUCAU